AUGCUUCACUUUUCUGGGCAGGCUCAGAAAAGGGACAUAUUCUUCAGCUGCAGACAGUCGGCCCAGUCUUUCUUCAUCGGGCAUCGAUCUGGAUCGCCAGUAAGGGUUAAGGCAGCAGCUCAGGCGCAGAGUAUUCAGCAGGCGGAAGAGACAAAGGACAAUCAGUUCCCUUUCCACCUGGACACGGCAGUCUUGCUGGCAGGGUUUGCGUUUGAGGCGUACAACGAUGCGGAGGAGGGUAUCCAGGAGCUCAGCUCCUGUGGGACAGAGAGCAUCUUCCUGAACGAGGACUUCGUCAAAGAGCUGUACCAGGGUCAGCUGAAGGUGAAGCUUGAGUCGGCUUCUGACCUUCCCGGGAAGAGCCUGACAGGAACAAGCGAUCCGUACGUCGUUCUCACGGUUGGGGACAGCAUGGUCCGGAGCGAGACAAUGUGGAGGGACCUGGCUCCCACGUGGAAUGCUGAUUUCAGCAUCUUCGUCAGUGACGCAUCCCGGCAGUUGUUAAGCGUCCAAGUCUUCGACGAGAACGUGGUCGGUUCGGACGUUCUCCUUGCGAGCGGAUCCGUUCCGCUGGACGGGUUAACGGACGGUUCCGAGCAAACCCUGGAGGUUGACCUGCACACGGACCUGGACGACACGAAGAGUGCGGAAGGCGAUUCGGAUGCGGCUGGUCCGAAAGUCCUGUUAAAGGUUCGGUUUGAAAAGAUAAACGAGGACACGGUUCUGAACCGGACGUUGAAAGCCAAGAAAGAGGAAGAAGAAGAGAAAGUGGGGGCUAAAGAAUUGGUCGAGAAAGUGUCUGGUGCGUUGAGGUUGGGGAAAGAGGGCGAAGGAGAAAAGGCGAAGCUCGGGUUCUCGACCGAUCUAUGGGGGUCUCAUAGCGAACGGGAGUUGACAGAAGGGGAGGACGUAGAGGAUUUGAACGAUUCCGAGUCGGACGACGACGAUGCUGACGUGGAGGUGACGUCAGCAGGCAAGAAAACGUCGCCGAACGCUGCUCAAAAUGGCCUGAAAGGCCAGCGGACAGGUUCCGACGAAAAGCGGACGGGUUCGGACGGAAAGCGGGCGGGGGGAGGAUUCAAAGCGAGCGUCCGAACGGCGGAAAAGCGUACGGGAAAGAAGAAGCCGGACGGCUUUUCGACGGACCUUUGGGGGACGCACAGCGAGCGGGAGCUGUCAGAAGAGGAGACGGUCGAGGAUCUCAACGACUCCGAGGACAAUGACGACGACGAUGACGUCAGCGAUGACGAGGGCGCCCCGUCAGCGAGCGUACGGCGCAAGGAGAAGAGAGCGAAGGUCGUGGAGAGCGCCCGGGAGAGCCUGCUAGAGAGCCUGAGCCAGGCGGCCAAGGCUGGGGGAAGUCUAAAGGUUCCGGCGGGGCGGGGGAACGGCCCCAGGCUGGGGCUCGGGAAGGCGUUGCUGGCGUUCGCCACGUGUCCCUGUCCGUGCUGUGUUGCCGAGUUGCUUUCGGACGGUCCGAACACGGUCCGCGCGGUUCCGGAAACGACAGUUAGUGAAAAGGGGACAAGUCCGCAAAACGGGCCGGAAAACGCGGCGGAAGUUUUGGCCUUGAAGCACCUGCUAGAGGUGCCGUGGCGGGAGCGGAGCGGUGCCCUUUGGAACUCGCCAAAAGCGCAGAAGGAGGUGAUCGUGGAGAAGAAACUAGAGCGGGAGCAGAAUGAGAUGGCGCGCGUGUUUGCGGACGCGGAGAGCGCGGUCGAGGCGUGGGCGGUCCUGGCAUCUUCGCUGGGAAAGCCGGGUUACGUGAAGUCCGAGUUUGAGAAGAUGGUUUUCGUUGACCACCAGGGGAGCGACACCCAGGCAGCGGUCUGGAGGGAUCCCCGGCGGAAGAGAAUUGUUGUGGCGUUCCGCGGGACGGAGCAGACGGAGUGGAAGGACCUCGUUACUGACGUCAACCUGACACCAGCAAAGUUCGAGGUCGACGGCGAGGAGGUGCGCGGCGACGGCGAAGAGGGCGACAUCAUCCUGCACGGCGGUUUCAAGAAUGCGUACGACUCUGUCCGGAGCCGUCUCCGGACGAUCGUCCGAGCGCUCAGCGAGGAGCCGGGGCUUCCACCGCCGGGAAGGCUUGACACCAGCACGGCCGGCGCUGGCACUGGAGCAGGCGCCAGGAGCGGCGGUGUCAAGAAAAGCACUGGAGUGGGAGUGCAGAGGGGAAAUGACACGUGGAGUCUUUUGGUUACUGGGCAUAGUUUGGGGGGCGCUCUCGCGACCCUGUUUGCGGCGGAGAUGGCGAUGGCGGCGGAAGCGGAGGGGGCCCGGAUCGGGCACGUGACCAUGUACAAUUUCGGGUCGCCGCGAGUAGGGAAUCACGCCUUUGCCGACUUUUACAACAGACGAGUGCCGGACACGUGGCGCCUCGUCAACCGCAACGACGUCAUCCCGACGGUCCCGCGGAUGCUGGGCUACUGCCACGUGGGCAACGCUCUGAUCCUGGGCGACAAGCCGGGGGCGCCGGUUGAGGCCGAGGAACACAGCACGGACGAUCCGGACGUCGCGGAAGCGGACGCCCAGGAAGACAUACUGGGAGAGGUGUCCGCAAAGGACUUCCUGCCUAAACUGUUGAAAGGCGAGAAGACCCUUCUGAAGAAGGUCGUCGAGAAAGAGCUCGCGAUCCUGGACGCGUUCACGGACGGCAGCGCGCUGCUCCAACACAUGGAGGACUUCUAUUACAAGGCGCUGCUGCAGAUGGUGGAACUUCACAUUGGCAGGGGCGUUGAUACUCCGCAAGUCGCCCAGGCUUGAUUGAUUAUCUCUUGGGCGGAUUCAGUCGACCUUGUCACUUGACUCCCGCAGAUUACAGGCCCUCUUUUCACUGUCGGUUGCAUGGCUGAUAUGUAGUGUGUGUGUGUUGUCAGCACUUUGUACGGCGGUUUUGCGCGUUGAGGGUUAUAGAGUAGGAGUUGUUGCGAACAUCAACCGGGACGGUCAAAAUAUUGAAGACAUUGUAGGCUAUAGAAUUAGAAAGACCUCGUUGCUUUGCGGAUUGACGCUGACGAUACCUAGACGACGCGUUUGGUCAAAAGAACAAUUAGCUUAGGCCUUUUAUGAUGCUAUGAUGCAAUCUAUAAACUGCGACUUGUAUGCUAGACUUUCGUAAACGUUGUGUUCAU